AUGGAUUACCACCGCAACUACCGUACAUGCUCAACCUUCUUCGUUGAGGACGAUUAUGGAAUGGAAUCACGAGUCCGGCAAGAACGUCAAGCGAAAGAGGAGCAUCAAAAGCUUGUUUCUCGUGAGCGUCAAUAUGCCAUGGCCGACGAACUGUCUCGCCUUACCAGCGUCGAGCUUCGGGAUGAUAUCCUGAGCCACAUGUUGGAGAUGGAUAGCCAAACUCUGCCCGAUGUUGAAUCCAUUGACAUCCAAACCGAGAUUCAGUGGUUCAUGCGACCGUAUCUUCUUGAUUUUUUGAUUGAGGCUCACACUGCAUUCCAGCUGUUGCCUUCUACCUUGUUCUUGGCGAUCAAUCUUUUGGACCGUUACUGCUCUAAGCGUGUGGUCUACAAGCGCCACUAUCAACUGGUUGGAUGUGCAGCGCUGCUCAUUGCGGCCAAGUACAAUGAUAAGAAGGAUCGUGUACCUACCAUUAAGGAAUUGAAGUCCAUGUGCUGCUCCCUCUACGAUGACGAUAUGUUCACUCAGAUGGAAUGGCAUGUGCUUCAGACCCUUGGCUGGACCAUUGGACACCCGACUGUUGAUGCCUUCUUGCAACACGCUACUCUGGAUGACCCUUUCGACGCUGAGGUGGAACACAUGGCUCUGUACAUUCUGGAGAUUGCCCUUUUCCACCGGGAUUUUGUCGCUAAACCGUCGUCUGAGCUUGCUCGCGCUGCCCUUGCGUUGUCACGCUGCAUCCUCAAUAGGCCACAGCCUCGUCACACUCACUGGGCUUCCCAAUACGAUUCAAUGACCCUAGUCGCGUUGUCCCAGCAGUUGCAUCAGCCCUCAACAGUGGUUUCCCGCAAGUACGCUUCGGCUCACUUCUCUCGGGUCUCCAAGGUUAUGGAGCACUUCCUCAACCGCCAGGCUUCCUUGGCUAACUAUGCCCGUUGCACUCCUCCGGUCGAGACUCCUAUCGAGUCCAAGCCUUACAAUGGAGAAAUGGGCCUUGCCACGCCUCAGAAGUCUUCGCAGUUGACUGCUAUUCCUCACGGUUACCUCACUCCUCCCAUCACCCCGGAGAAUGAGGCACUGGUGCAUGCUCAUCACGCUCACUUGGGGAACCACAACAUGACUCGCGGAAUACCCACCGUCAACGGCUGUUCUCCUUCUCCCGCGCCAUCGUCUGAGAUGCAAUACAUGAACAGCGAAGCAUACCAGCAAGAGGCUAUGUACAUGGCUCAACAAGCUGCCCUCCAACAUUUCCCCGCGGCACCUACCCACAUGGGAAUGGACCAGUCCUAUUAG